ACAAGCUUUCGAAGCCAGGACAAAGAACUACAUUGUCUUCAUAGUAGUCAUCGUCACGCUGUGCUUUCUAGUCAACUUCCCAAUUUUACGCUGGUUGUAUGGUGUCCGCACAAAGCACUGCUUGACACCCGCGUGUGAAAAACUGACGCGGGACAUUCGUACAUCCAUGAGCCGAAGGUCACCUCCAUGUCAGGACUUCUACAAAUUCACGUGCGGGGGAUGGGAAAAGUCCCAUCCCGGCUUUCAUGAUCAGAUGGAGUACGCUUACGGAAGUGUCGUCACUGAAAUUACCAAAAAUCUCAAGAAGGUAAUGGUACCUCAAGCAAAUCAAAGCGCAGUGGACAAAGCAGCUGCGGUUUUCCAGUCGUGUGUACAUAUGAUCAACAGAGAGUCCUCCAACAGAGAUGCGCUCUUGCGAUUCAUUGGAAGCAUAGGCAUCAUUUGGCCGUCUGGAGGCACGGUGAAUUCUCUCAAAGCUCUGGACGUGCUAGUACACCUGUCGCUAUCGCUAGACAUACAUAUCCUGGUUACCGUCGGUCUCUAUGAAGCUCACACUGGAACAUACAGCCUACGAAUUUCGGUGCCUCAAAAGGUAGUGCACGAAUACCUAAACGAUGACAGAAUGUCACAGGAACGGAUUAAGGAGGUACUUACGCUCAUAUUCGGGCACAGUAACUUUGAUGCCAUGUUAAAAGUGAUCACGAUAUUCGAGAAAAAAAUCUCCAACACGCUGCACUCGGUGAUCGCCGUUCGACGUUUCACGGACACCAUACAGAUCUUAAACAUUGGGACAUAUACACCAAAUCAACCCUCUUCUGAAUGGAUAAGUGCUAUCAACAAGCAGCUGAGCAUCAAAAAAGCCAUUUCUAAAAGAACUAGAGUACGCGUGGACGACAUCGCCUACUUGGAGGCCAUAUCCGAACUGAUUGUGGAACUGGAGGACCAGACGCUUCUCUCGUGGUUUGUCGGCUGGCGCGUCGUCAAAGAGCUCGCCUCGGAAGCUUCAUUUCAAGUGGGUGUUGCGCUGGCCGGUACCGACUACGUAUUCAAUGAGCAGCGCUGCUUCGCCACAGUGCGUGACAGUGUGCACUUCGCCCUGACUACACCGACCAUCCUUUCCGCAAGUGAGGAAAGUACGAGGAGUUUCAUCGCGAACACAGCCGUCGCAGUUCGACGUAGCUACAUGGACAAGAUUCGUCAAAACCACUGGAUGGACUUUCCCACAAAAUCGAGGGCGCUGCAGAAAGCGAGGUUUAUGAAACUGCUCGACGGCUAUCCAGCCUUCGCCGGAUCUCCCAAACAACUGAACAAUUUUUAUUCGUAUAUUCCUGACAUUACAGGAGACUACAUGAGCAACAUCUUGACGCUACGAAAAGCCAGGAUGAAUUUUCUGAAGGCCUACCUUCACACGAGGACAUCUGAAUCGGACCUGCAUAAGUGGAACUUCCCGUUUGUGAGCCAAGACUCGCUGAAGUUCCAUAAUGACCUUAACCAGAUCGUGGUACCUGUCGCUGCUGCCACGGAACCACUCUACCUCAAGCACUUUCCGACAUCAUGGAGUUUCGGUGGCCUGGGCACUGCCAUCGCAGAGGAAAUGUCUCACGCCUUCGAUGUCAUCGGCAAGAACUACGACGAGUCCGGGAGUCCCUCGGACUGGUGGUCGAACACGACUCUGUACAACAGCAACCAGAGGUCCCACUGUUACCUGAAAGACUUCGCGCUCUGGUCGCAGGGCGGCCAAGCGCUGUCCACAGUGGAUCAAUACCGUGCGCUGCUGGCGUCGAUCGAGGGAGUGCGCCACGGAUACCAUGCGUACACUCUCUAUUCUGCCAAGGACAGAAAACAAUUACGAACCAUCCCUUUCCUGGAUUCUGAACAGAUCUUCUUCCUCGGCUACUGCUACCGGUGGUGCUCCAGACGUGAGCCCAGGAACGUCAUGAAUCCUCACAUGUGCAACUUUGCCCUGGCGUACACGAAAGAGUUCACGGACACCUUUAACUGCCAAAAAGGAGAUCCGAUGUAUUUCAGACGAAAGUGCGAUUAGUGGUCGCCCAUACAUACAGUAAUCUGUAAAUAACUUGAUUCCCGAGUCCCGCGGUCGGGUUAUGUUUUGGUAGGUGGAUGUCUCGCCAUCGGAAUAAGUCGUUGAAAGCGAGAAAAAAGGCGACAUGCCGUACA